CGUCAAUACUGGUAAUAAGUCUAACCUGUUUAUUGUUUUUUGACGGAAAUUAGGUACUCAUAUUACUAAAAUUUGAUCCAAGUGAUAUUUUCAAGUUAUUUAUAUUGCUCACAGCGUAAAAGAUAUUCUAGGUGCAACAUUAAUUCUUUUGAAAAAUGUGCUGCAAUGUACGGUAGGCUAUUUAGGCGGUGUUGAAAAAGUUUGAAUUUUUGCAAUGUUCCCUGCGUGUAAGGUACAGGAUUCCAUUUUCAAAUUGAACAAAAGCUAUGACAUGAUCAGAAAUAUUAUAUUAAUUAGUGAUCAUUUAGAUCUAGACUUCAUCAAAGUAAAAUAUAAAAUGACUAAACGUAAAUCAGAAAUGAUAGAUAACAUAACAUCUCUUUUUACAACUUUAGAGAAAAUUGGGGAAUGUAACGCGUUUGAUAAGUUUUGUACUGUUGAAUUUCUAACUGUUUUUGUAAACAAUAAUGAGUUGAAAGAUCUUGUUUCAAAGCAUAGAAGGCUUUUGGAUAUUACGGAUUAUGAUAGCUUUCUUCUCAUGAACAAAUUUGCAACAAUUACUGGAAGUCAAUCAAAAGAAAAGUCAACAUAUUUUAGAGGAAAAGAAGAUGGUUUAUCACAAAAAGAUGUAAAUACAAUUUGUAAAAAUAUAGGGCCUGAUAAAUGGAAACCACUAGCCAGGCAUAUGAAAGAUGAAUCCUCUCAAUACAUUUUUGACGAGAGUCUUAUCUGUGAAAUCAAUUCUAGACAUACAAGCACCGAGUUGAAAUUACAAGAGGUGAGUGAAUACUUCAUUUUCAAGAAUUAUUUCAAUAAAAUAAUAAAUUCUAAAAAAUUACAAUCAUUCAGCAUUUCUUAUAAAUAACAUAAACACUGGUACUGAAUAUUACUGUAAUGUGAAUACAGUAUUACUGGCUGUGAAUAUUACUAAAGAGGACUGAUCUAUUAAUGGUUUUUACAUAAAUAUUUGUUCAUGAAUCGAACCCAAUCUCAGAUUGGGUAGAAUUCAAUUUGUCUAAAUAACCUAAAAGAUUAUGUUCACUUAUGUGUUUAUGGG